ACCAGGUGCUCGUUUCCAGACAUAGAGCUCUUUGUGAAGGCUGGUAGUGAUGGGGAAAGUAUUGGAAAUUGCCCGUUCUCUCAGCGUCUCUUUAUGAUUCUGUGGCUAAAAGGUGUCAUAUUUAAUGUCACAACCGUGGAUUUGAAAAGAAAGCCUGCUGACCUGCAGAACCUCGCCCCGGGAACAAACCCCCCCUUCAUGACAUUUGAUGGCGAAGUGAAAACCGAUGUCAAUAAGAUCGAGGAGUUCUUGGAAGAAAAGCUAGCGCCGCCCCGGUAUCCCAAACUUGCACCAAACCACCCCGAGUCAAACUCUGCAGGAAAUGAUGUGUUUGCAAAAUUCUCUGCAUUCAUAAAGAACCCAAGAAAAGAUGCCAAUGAAAAUUUGGAAAAAUCUUUGCUUAAAGCCCUGAGGAAGCUGGACAACUAUUUAAAUAGCCCCUUGCCCGAUGAAAUUGAUGCUUACAGCACCGAGGAGAUCACUGUUUCCAGCCGGAAAUUCCUGGAUGGAGAUGAGCUCACCUUAGCGGAUUGCAACCUCCUACCAAAGCUCCAUAUAAUCAAGGUUGUUGCAAAAAAAUAUAGAAAUUUUGAUUUUCCACCUGAAAUGACAGGGAUUUCAAGAUACUUGAACAACGCAUAUGCAAGAGAUGAAUUUACAAACACCUGUCCUGCUGAUCAAGAAAUUGAGUAUGCCUAUUUGGAUGUUGCAAAGAGAAUGAAGUAA